AAGCCUUUCUUUUUUUCCCAUUAACUUAUUCCUAAGGUACUAUGCAAGAGGAGAUGCUGAAAAUGCGAUGCGAUACAUCAAUGGAACCAGACUUGAUGAUAGGAUCAUAAGGACAGACUGGGAUGCAGGAUUUAAGGAGGGUAGACAGUAUGGUCGUGGAAGAGCAGGGGGCCAGGUUCGAGAUGAAUAUCGGCAAGACUAUGAUGCUGGAAGAGGUGGCUAUGGCAAAACUGUUCAGUGCCAGUGA